AUGUCCACUACCAAGAGCUCUAAGGUAAUUUUUUUAUAGUAUUAAAAUCAAAAAAAGUUUGAGAAAACUAUGUUGAUUCUGCCUCCUUUUAUUCAUCUUUUUAGCAAGUACGAAUCCGGAACUUCAUUGGAAGGAUUUUCUCGCCCAGCGACAAAGAUAAAGACAAAGAUGAUGAAAUGAAGCCUUCGUCUUCGGCCAUGGAUAUCAGUCAACCCUACAACACCGUUCAUAGGUUUUUCUGGCGAAUUCCUUUUUUUCUUUUAAUCGAUUCAUUCACAGAAUGCACGUGGGCUAUGAUGGACAGAAGUUCAGUGGGCUUCCGCAGCCUUGGAUGGACAUUUUAUUGAGAGAUAUUAGGUUCUUUUUUCAUUUCUCAGCAAUGCAGAGUUGAAAUCGACCUUCUUUCAGCCUAGCUGACCAGAAAAAGAACCCAAAUGCCGUCGUAACAGCGCUCAAGUACUACGCGGCGUCGAUGAAAGAACAUCAAGACGAGAAGUUCAUGACGACGAACAGUGUGUACAACAACAGCGACGACGACGAUGUUUCUCCAUUUUCACCUUUUUUUUUCGUUCAUUUAUUUCUUACAGGUAGAUGUCCAAUUGACAGGUCAGGUGACAGAACAUCUUCGGAAAUUAAGGUGCAGUUCUGGAAAUGGUGAGUUUUUUUCAAAUAUUUUCCGGUAGUUCGCAAUUGAGUUGUUCAUUUGAAAUGAGUUUUUGUAUAAACCGACUGACUAGCGAGGAAAAUGCGCGUUGUCAAAACAUUUUACUUCGACUUCUCCUUAGAGAAUCGUUCUGUUCAUUUUUAUUUUUAAAAAAAACUCCUUUCUUACUUCUGUUUUUCGAUAUUCUUUCAUUUUCUUUUUUUUCAACCUGAUUCUCAAACAAUCAAUGUUUUCAAGAGAGAAAGGAAAAAAGGAAAACACGGAUGUCUCUCUAAUAAAGAAAUACAUUUUCUAAUUUGAAAAACUUUAGAGUUGAACGGAAUAUAAAUUAACUCGUUCAGGCUCAACUCUUUCUCCGACGCCUUCUUCGGCCUCAGCUCCUGCGUUGGCGUCACUAGCAGGCCAGGAGCUCUCGUCGUCAUCCACCGACGCGACUUUUUGCGCUCUCCGAAAGGGUCGUGCCUUCGCCUGCGCCGGCGACGUCUCCAGGUGCUUAAGUCGAGCAAAUAUUUUUAUUUUUUUAAUUGAUAUAAAAAAACUCAUAAAUUUUUGAAAUUUAUACAGGAAAAUCUUCAUUGAGUAAAGAUAAAUUUUUGAGCCUUCAGAAGAAUCCGGCGGAACUGACCUGCCUCCUCCGCUGCACCCUCGGCAACGUCUCGAACCUCCACCUUUGCCGCCAACCCAACCUCCGCAGAGGAACAAGGUUCAUCUCACUUUUGUUUUUCAUAACACUUUCUAUCUUCAGACUUCUCCUGUCCUCAAUGGAGCGCCGAUGCCAGGAGCUCCGCCGCGGAUUCCUCCGAAGGUGCCUCCAAAACCAGCGGUAUGAGUUUGGAUUUAUUUCUUCUUGGGUGGACCGCUGCUCGUAGAAAACGCAGAUUUCUGAUUUUAUCUAGCAAAAAAAAAAAUACAGUCUCAAGAAAUAUGAGCUGGUAAGGCUGCAAAAUUCAGUUUAGUGAUCUGAAUAGAGAAGUGUUUGAGAUGAAAAUCGCAGAUCUGUUUCAAACUUCUGUUUUUGAGAACUUCUCGACGGGAGUUCUCAAAAACGUAAAGAAUUAUCUGCUGAGCGCCAUAGGGUUCCGGAAAAAAACACAGUCGAAAGUAUACAGGGAAUGUUGGGAAACCGUUUUUCUUCGGAGUUUCGAAUCCGAAACAAGUUUUUUCGAGGAACUUUUUUAGAAAUAACUCAUGAUAAAACUUUUUUCCCCAACAGUUAGAUGGAAUUCAGUUUGAUAGCAUUUUCUUUUUCGACCGGAUUUUUCCCGGUACCCUUUACCACUUAGCAGAUAAUUUUUCACAGAAGUUUGUAUCAGAUAUGUAAUAUUUAUCUCAGAGAUUGUGAUUUUGCUCAAAUGACAAAACCAAGUUCAGUUUUUGACGUUCGACCGAAAGUAUUUUUUUUAUAUCUAGUCUCCAGUAGCAACGUAUCAUAGGAACCUCAGUAGGGCUGUGUUCUGAACUUUAGUCAGCGCUAAAGAGAAAAAGCCGGGUUGUUCGAAUUCCGAGCAACGCUUUCACAGUGAAGAUGAUUAAUUUUAUUGAAAAAUUCGUGGAAAAUGUUCCUUUCUCUCCCUUCCUCGUAAAGAACGUGUUAACUGUUUGUCCCAUUCACAACCGCUUUAUGAAACGAUUCUACUUGCUUUGCAACCUUCCAAAGCUUUCUUUUCACUUCCUACUAGUCAUUAAUGUUUUAUGAACGACGCUGCCCCAGAAAAUCGCCACAUAAAACACAUUCACAGAAAUAUCUUACUGUUGUCGGCAUUAAUGGGUCUCUUGUGUUUUGAAUAUAUUCCCCUAUUGCGUGAUUUACAACAGCUUCCAUUCAUUUGACAGGACCUCAGUGUAAUUAUUAUCGUGAGGCUUCCUUUCUUUUUUUUUUGAGACCAAGGUCUGCGGACGUUUGUACUCAUAACUGUCAAUUAUCAUUAUUCUGUGCGGGCCAAUGCGCGCAUAAACGUAUCAGAGCAUAAUCUUUAAAAACAUUUUUCAUUCGAUUGAACUCUGCACCAGAUUUCAGUGUCUUAAAAUCAAAAAUUUUCUUUGUCAGUAUCGUUAAUCGAAAGAGAGCUCCUUUCUUUUCCAGGUAAUACGGCUAAAUCUCAGCCAGCCGUAUUACCUGGAAAGGGGCGGCAUAGCUCAGCUGGUAAAGACUCAUUUCUAGCGUCCGCGAGGUCGUAGGUUCGAGUCCCCCCGAGGUCGACCAAGCCUUUCAUCCCUCCAGGGUAGAUAAAAUUGGGAGCUGUAUGCAGCGAAAAGGCUCAAUCUCAGCAAUCGGCCUUUGGAAAGCCGGCACCGUACUUCUUCCUACGACCUCUCUUGUGCCUGAUGUUCUACGAGCGAAAUUCAAAACUUCUCUGCUUAAGCCACAGCCCCUAGCGCCGUUCAAACACAGUUAAAUCAAUGUAAGCCGAUUGCACAUUCUUACAUUGAAGAUGCAAUAAAAAAAAACGGCUAAAUCUUAAAUUUUUCAAAAAUCGCAUUUUCAAUUUUAGUAAAUUCAUGUCAUAAGUGAAAAAUAAUUGAAGUUGGGUGAAGGGUGUCUUUUUUUUUUUUUGAAUAAGCUGUUCGUAUAUAUAUUUUUUUGUUUAAUUCUAUAUAAAAUUUUAACUCUCGUGAAUUUUUGUAUCGUCUAGAUACGCCCAUCGCUCAUAUAGUUAUGAAACCUGUGUCUUUUGCCCUGAAAAGAUGCCGAAAUCUGCCAAAAAAAAACGUUCGUAAUUUAUGAGGGGAUGCGUUUCUUUUGAUGGAAAAAGCGUUAAACGGCGACGAUUUGGCAAAGGCCAUGCCGUGUCGUCUGCAGAUGAAAGCAAGGCGAACAUUUGAGCGAAUGUGAUCCACAACAGGUUGUACAUGCCGCGGCGACUGUGUUUGAGCUGUCUUUCUUGAUUCUCUCCUAGUAUCGCAGGCUAUCUGCCAGUGUAUGUUUGUGGCUUUUCCCACGUCGCCACAGCACCCCUGUGGUGUCCCUGACUUUCGCUGACACGGAGACGUCGAAGACCGGUCAGAGGUCUCCACCAAAUGGCAUCUCCGUUUUUUAUACGUCCUCGUCUAUUUUAUCUCGUUGAGGAGCGUAAAACUUUGCGACCUUCUCUCUUUGAUUUCUCUUCGGAUUUUUAUGAGUCGUUCAUCGUUUCUUCCAACAAUAUAUAUUCAUGGUUUUUUUCUUGUAUGCAUCUGCUCUAACGAAAAAAAGCUGAUCGUAGUAACUACCUCUUGGAAAGCGUUUUCGAAAUUACAGAACUUUUUCAUACAAUAUAUUUCAUUUUCAAACACGAUUCCUAUCACUAACUUCUCAUUGAGAAAGUAAAUCUUUCUAUAAGUUUUGGUAAGUUCGGAGUUUCCCGAAAAACGAUUUAAGAAAGGCAACGGCAGGCGCCAAUAAUCGUCGCCCAUGUUAAGUCAGACGAUAGAUUUUUUUUUUAAAGGUUCAUCGUUUUUUUUUCUUCCUGGGAAGUAGUAUUUAUGAAGUAUUUAUUUCACUUCUUUAUCAUCUAUGUUUUUUCAUUGCUUUGAUUUGAUUAUUACAACUUGUGUGCAAAGCUUUAGGGAACUAGUUUGGAGUAAUCGAAUUAAUCUCCUGAAAAGUGAUACUUCCCCAUUUGCUUCGAUCUAUUCAUUACCAGUUUUCUUUCUUUUUUUUCUCAGGCUGUUUCGGCCAUUCUGAGAGUUCAAAAGCUUGAAAAGAAAUUGCUUUCUGAUUUUAUGAAUAACUGGUUAUCACAUGUAGCGCAUUGUUCUUAUUUGAAUGGGCGCACCCUCGAUGAAAUCAGUCUUGCGAAGGUUGGGCCGAACGCUGGCAUUUGGACUGAUGCGAGAGAUAUGGUUCCGUUAGUCCGAAAUGGCCUUUUGAUAGCCCUCAGUAGCAGAAGAGAUCAGAACAACGACUUGGUUCUCGGUGGAGCGAAGAAGCUCCGCCCAUAGAGGUUGACUGAGUGACGCGUUUUGUGUGUAUGCAGGCACACCCAUUCCCCGCAAUGUCUACAUAUUUCAGCCUUUUUCGGGUUCAUCAAUGUUCUCACAAAUUUCUUGCUGACGGGGAAGCCACACAUUCCCUUGUUCAAUUUCUUGAUUUUUUUUUUCUUCAACACCUCUCUUUUGUGUGUUAUUUUCAUACUCGUUAUUUUUAACAGCUUCUUUGAAAUUCAGACUUCAUUAAUUUUUUUUUUAUGUUUUGCUGUUCAAGGGCCUUUUUUAUUUCAGAAAAAAAAUAAACAAAUCAUAAUUUAUUAUUUUGCCUAGGAGCAUAAAAUUCCGGCGUUUCCAUUUUUGCCCUUUAAAAUAAAAGAUGUCCCGUUAUUCUAUCUUUUUCUAUCGUUGCUGAUCUUUUGACUGAACUCGAAAAUGAGGCUCGUAGUAGGAUAAAAGUUAUGUAGUGAAAUCUUCUGUUACAAGAAUUGAGAAGUUUCUACGGUUCGAGAUACAGUAUGUAUAUGAUUCGGUUUACUCGUUUCAUUUUUCCUUGGUGCUGUAACUGGUUCUUUUGAUCUUCGUCACGUUUUUUUUUCUCUGUUCGAAAAAGAAGAUCAGUUAUAGUCGAAAAGAGGCCGGCUGGGCGCUUUCGGCGCAGUCGUUUGACACCUCACCUAACGAAAGUUGGCUAGACGCCAGCCAUCUGCACGGCUCCCUUUUGAUAUAUUCCUUGGGACUGUCCUCCGCGAACUGUGGGUCGACAGAAAUGAUGUACGACUGGUACCUCAAGCCCAAACAGCUCAACGUCCUGUCCCCUUGGGGCGUUUACAUCAAUCACAUCGGUAAUGAGUUGAUGGUUCGUUUACUCUCUCUUGAGCUUUUACAUUAAUUUUUAUGUAAGAUUCGUUACCAAGAGACUCAAGAAUGCCAAUGAAAAAAAAUAUAUGCGAAUGCGUUAUAUGACAGUGUAUUGAUGAAAACUUACCUUGACCUUUGUCAAGCAUGUCUCUUCGAAAUUCUGUCGUUCAGCAUCUGAAGGUUGCGUCUGGAACGACGACGUCGUCGGGCCUUUCGUCGCCUUGUUCGCAAACGUCGUCGAGUCUGGCGCAACGUCAUCAAGACAACAACAACGGCUCCUUCAACUCUAUCGGCCAUUCUCUUUCUAACGGUAGCGUUGCUUCCAACACGUCUUCUGACGCCGACGUUCAUCUUUCUUCUAAUGUGAGUAAGCAUGUCUCUGUAUUUUUUCAUGCUUAUCUGCCUGCUCCCCUUUGUUUUUCUGUGUAUUCAAGUCAAGUUGUUUUUUUUUUAUUGUGCAUGCUUCGGUUUCGGUUCCUUUUCUGAAAUGAAAAACUGAAAUGGAGUUGAUUUUAACAAACUUCCAAUUGUAGAAAAAAAAGGGAUAUUUUCGAAGCUAGUAAGAACAGAAAAGAAACCAAGUAACAUUUCAUGAGCGUAGUAAUUUUCGUGCAGAAUAGUUUGGUGAUACAAAAAGUCUGUUUUUAUUCUUAUUUCUCAUUUCUUAUGGAAUUUUUGGUGUUGGUCUUUUUGUUUUUUGAAAUAGUAACCUACCCGUUUUUUGGAUUAUUUGAAGGCGAACUUCAAGCAACAGAAAACAAGAAAUAAUCUGCAAAGGCCUUUUUGUUAAAUUUAUUCGAUUUUCCAUGAAAUUUUCAAACAGGAAUUUAUGAUUGUUGUGUUUUCAGAUAACUCGGUAGUUUGUGGUAGAUAUUAACUGGGAGAGCUUUUGUUUGAAUGAACUUUUUCGCGGAGUCUCAAUUUGCCUUUCAGAAAGAGAACGCUUCGAAUGAGAAGCCGCUUCCAGCGGAGCGAACACACAAAAAUGUGGAGACAACGACCGAAGAGACGGUCCGAGUGAGGGCCCAAGUUCGCGAGAAAAUGACUGAUGCUCAGGUCUGAUUAUAUUCUCGGUGAAAGUUGAGGAAAUAUUUUCAUUCCUUGAUAUUAUUCGUCAGAAUUUAAAAUGCUGUUUUAAAUAAAUCAUUAAACCUCGUCUAAAGUCGGUUGGAGGGGAAAUAACUUUUUCGUAUUUGCAUUUCCACCUUUACUGAUUGUCUUGUUCAGGUUUUGGAAGAACUGAGAUUGAUCGUAAAUCCUGGAUCGCCUUUAGGAAAGUACGAGAUGCGAAAACAAAUCGGCGUUGGGUUCGUUUCGAUUUCCUUUUUUUGAAAAUUUCUAUGAUAAUUCUUUUACUCGAAAUUUUAUUCGAGAACCUACAAAUAAGGAAAAUUUUCAGCGCUUCCGGAGCCGUUCAUAUUGCGAUGCGAUACGGUACGGGAGAAGUUGUUGCUGUGAAAAGGAUGGCGUUCAAAUCUCAACAGAAAAAGGAGAUGCUUCUCACUGAGAUAAAAGUCAUGAAGAGUUUCCGACAUCCGGUAGAAAAAAAUUACCUUUUUUGUUCAAGAAGUACGUUAAGAACAUUGUUAACUACAUCGAGUCGUACCUGGUCGACACUGACGAUCUUUGGGUCGUGAUGGACUACCUGGAAGGCGGCAAUUUGACCGAUGUCGUCGUGAAAACAGAACUCGACGAGGGCCAAAUUUCCGCGGUUCUUUGCGAAUGUCUCAAAGCUCUUCACUUUUUACACAGGUUUAUUUGAAAUUGAAUUUUUAGCCUUGUAAAAGCCCUGAGCUGAGCGCGUUCUAUUCGAAAAUUUGGUUUAUUAAAAAUCAGCUGAAUAACGGUAUUUCGUGCUAAAUGGAGAUCCGAGAAGUUAUAUCGUUAUUCCACGUCUCUCGUUUUUUUUUUGAACGCACUACCUUCAUUUUUUGGAAACUGGGCUGAAGAGUGGGAAAUAAAAAAAUUAUUUUUUUCUCGAAAAAAAUAAAAAAAGUUGUACCUAUUCACAUUUUUUUAGAAGUUCGAUCUAGUACCUCAAAAACUGUUUCGGAAUUCAAAAGAGGAUUUUAAUGUUUUAAGUUUUAAAACCUACGUAUCAUCUAUGGCACUUUAAAAUCGGUGAAGCAAUAAAUUAUUCGAACAUGUGUUCCAAAAAGAAAAGCAAAUUCAAGUUUUUUUUUUGUUUUCUAGAAAUUUUCUCACGCAGUUUCAACAAACUUUGUGCAACUUUUCGAACGUCCUAUUGAUUUGUCAAGUAAAACUUGCAUAAACUUUGCUCUGGUCGCUUGUUUGUUGGUUGUUUUGAUGGGAUGACCACAACUGGACUUCUAAUGGAUUUUCCUCCGAUUUGCAGCCACUCGAUAGUCCAUCGCGACAUUAAGAGCGAUAACGUGUUGCUGGGCAUGAACGGCGAGGUGAAGCUGACCGAUAUGGGCUUCUGCGCACAGAUUCAGCCUGGGUCCAAAAGGUUUGUCCUUGAACGAACACGCAAACCAUUACGAUUCUCCUCUCGGACCCACUGAAUUAAGUGAACUGUUUGAAAAGUGCACGGCACUUUUCAUUUAAACCAGUGGCAAGUCCAGAACCGGAACCUUCCAGAAAAUUUUUCUUCAUCAAAGUGACUCAAAUGAAAAAAAAUAUACCAUCAAAAAAAGUUUUUUUAUUCCGGAAAAAAAGAUAAGUUAUAAAGGUUGAAAACGAUAGUACAUUAAAUAAAAAAAUGUUUUUUUCUCUUUAAGUUUUCAAAAACAUUACUUUUUGUUUUUUAUUCAUCUCUCUAACUGGUAAGUAACAAGUCUUUGACAAAUUUGAGUAUAACACGUGAUCAAAGUUAGCUCAUGACUUCUUGUUGAAGAUUCGAAUUUUUUCAUUUUUUUUUAAAUUCAUCAAUGGAAUUCCAAGAUUAUGAAUCAUGAGAAUUUUUCCAGUUUCUCAUUCAAUUAACUUUUUAUUAUUAUUCAUGGAGACAACGAGACGAUUUUUUUUUUUGCAGAGACACAGUUGUCGGAACCCCUUAUUGGAUGUCGCCGGAGAUAUUAAACAAGAAGAAAUACAACUAUAAGGUAUCAGUUCGCGUUUUGAACGUUGAGAAAGAUUUCGGCUCAGGUUGAUAUCUGGUCCCUCGGGAUCAUGGCGCUGGAGAUGAUCGACGGCGAGCCGCCUUAUCUCCACGAAACCCCUCUCAAGGUGGAAAUUAAUGAUUUUUGCUUCAAUAUCGGCUUUUUAGGCAAUUUAUCUGAUCGCACAGAACGGCAAGCCAGAAAUAAAACGACGCAAUGAACUUUCGAAGGAUUUCGUUGAUUUCUUGGAUCGGUGUCUCGUCGUCGACCCCGAUGAAAGGUUUCCCUUUUUUAAACAUUGAAAGGGCGGGGUUUUUUUUAAAAUUUUUUCGACUUUGAUUUUGAAAACGUAUUUAAAAAAAAUCAAAAAUUUGUUUUUUAAAGUUCAAUUGAUUAGCAGAAGCGAUUUUUUAUUCUUUUUUGUAAAUGAUCGAAAAAAACUCUUUUUCAUUUUUUUGAAUUCAGCGCCAUCGAAUUAGUCUAGUUUGACCCUUUAAUGUCAACUGAAUAGGCUCCAGAGAGCGACUUGAUACCCGAGGCUAGUUGACAUUGGAGGGUCGAACUAGACUUAUUCGAUGGUGCUGAAUUUGAAAAUAACAACGAAAAUGAGGUACAAAAAUUAAUAACUUCUCAUAUUUCUGGCUGUGGCUGUCGCCAGUCAUGCUCAUGCAAUGCAUGGAAAAUUUCCUCUCAAUUAUUUCGAGUAUUCUGUGUUGGUUGAGUACUCUUUUUCAAUCAAAGAUGUAUUUUCAUUCCAGCAAGCAAGAUGAAACCUAGUCCUAAGAAUUUUAUAACUCUAGUUUCUUCGUCUUAGAAAGGGUGACUUUUCAGAAAAAUUAUUUCUCAAUUGAAGAGGAAACUUUUUUGUUUCAGAGCAGACACAGCGGAACUUCUGAGUCACCCGUUCAUUCAGAGGGCAAAGCCUCUUUCCAGCCUUGUUCCCUACAUCAAGGCGGUAAAAGAUCUCAAAGAGAAAUCCAAGUGA